AUGCUGGGCAUCCGGCGGGAGGUGAGGGGUCUGCUGAGAGGGAUGAAGCGCGGCGUGACGAUGCACCAAAUUGGGUUUAAGCAGGCCAAGGAGGGGUGGCUGAUCCCCAAGGAGGUGCUUCGAAAGUGCCGCGCGGAGUGCCAAAAACUUUUCCCGGGGAUCCUGGAUCAACUGGAGGAGGACUGCAGUCAAAAGACCCAGUUCGUGCUGUACGGACACCUGACGGCCUACUUCGCCUCGAUCUACGGCCACAGACUGGGCUUUUUUCAAAAUCUGACGAUUAAAGAGGUGGAGAAGGCCGUCAAGUCCGACAGCACGGGCGCCUUUCUGAUUAACAUCUCGCUCCACAAGACCAACCAGGCCUUUGGCCCGGCUCAGCUAUCUUUGACUAAGGAGGAGUUUCACUGGCUCCGGAGAUUCCUGGCGCUGCGGGAAAACCUGGUGGGCGGGCCGGAGGCGGUCUAUUUCUUUUACACAUCGACACCCAACCCCUGCAAGAACUUAAAUAAUUACUUCCAGGGAGCUUGGGUGUCGAUGGGACUCCCCGGCAAGCCCACCUUCACGGACAUCCGCACCUCCAUCGCCACCCACGCUAGGAACGCUCACAACCCGGACAACCGGCAGAAAGUGGCAAAAUUUAUGUGCCACGACACCUCCACCGCCGGUUGUUCGAGGAGGCGUUGGUGGGGGUGGAGGUGUCGCCGUCUAAGCCGGCCGAGGAGCAGCAGCCAUCGAAGAGGUGGGCCAAGUCCAAACACGGCGGGAAGGCCAAGCGUGCAAAGAGGGCCGCCUCUCGGUCUGCCUCUCCGCCAGACUACCCGCCGUUGACGAGCGUCUCUGAGGAGGAGGCCGUGGAGUAUCAGGAGUCGGGGGUGUCCUCGCUCGAGUCUCCCUCGGUUAGUUGUCUUUCGUGUGUCUCAUUCGUGUCCACGGGGUGUUUGUGUUGAUGCUAACUUCUUUCUCUGUCUUGCAUUUUAGAGCUUGGAAAAGUACCCCAGCCGUCCUCUGCGGGGUCGUCCCCUCGGCCGGCCAACUCUCCGGAACUCGCAGCCCAGGAGUCGACCGCCUCCGAGCCAGACUCCUCCGAGCCCGCCACCUCAGAGCCUGCCGCCUUG